GGCGCCAGCGCAGGAGCCACAACCGAGAUCAAGAACAGUAGGUCUAGGGUCUAGUCAGUUGGUCUCGCGCCUCAUGCGUGUGCGUAUUGGUUCGUGUGUCGCGUUUAUCGUGUACCGAAACGUCAUGUUCGUCUGUCGCAGUAUUUAAUCGUUUUAAAAAAGCGACUGACACGACUGUCAACGAUCACCGUGACGAUAGUUAAUUUCUAAGUUCGUUUACAGUCCCGCGACAACAACUUGAAUCUAAACGAAACAACGCCGGGUCUGCGAUGCCGGAAACGUAAAGGACGCUUCUGAAGCGUCUACGCGACAGGAUCAUGCAGAGAUGGUGACGACUUUCAGCAUCGAGGAACUGGGCGUUCGUUCUGCGGGAGACAGUGACCAGAAGUAAGGAUGGCCUUUCACUGGGAUAAGCUCUCACCGGCGGAAUUUCAACAACUCCAGGACUUAGCAGCUUAUUCCACGCGAAAGCUACAGGAUGUCCUCACCGAAUUCUGUGGAUCGAAUACGACGCCCAGCGGUACAUCGAAAUAUCACCCCGACGGGGACAUUGAUUACGAGGGAUUUCGGAAAUUUCUGGAUACCUAUCUCGAAGUAGCAACUCCCGACGAACUUUCGCGGCAUCUUUUCCUCUCGUUUAUAAAAAAACCACCGCGUGGGAUCGAUGGGAAAACUCUUAAGGAAAUGGCUGCGAUGUCAUCGACAACCGCUUGUGCCGCGAUUACAUCUCACACAACAUCCAGUAGUAACGUGAACAGCACUAGUUUAUCUGGUGGAACAAUGACGGAGAGUCACGGUGGAUCUUCUCUGGCCGAGAAAAUUCAUGGCCUUACAGAGAAGUUGCAAGCUCUGGGACACCAUAGAACUGAAAGCGAAGCCAGAGGACGGACAGGAAGCGUCCACCCUAUAUACACGAUACCGCACACCUCGUACAGCUGCAACGACGUGAUCGAGAAGAAGAGCACUGACAGCAGCCCCAGUCACAGCCAAAUGUCACGAAAUUCGUCCAGGAAGUCGAACAAUUCGCUGCUCGUCAACAACGGGAAAUUGGAAGAGAUAAGACACCUCGUCAGAAAGCAGAGCACGAUAGACGUUCACUCGGUUAAAGUCAGCCUGAAGGAUAUCGUAUGCUAUCUUUCCCUUCUGGAGGCUGGCAGGCCAGAAGAUAAAUUAGAGUUCAUGUUCCGGCUAUACGAUACAGAUGGGAAUGGUGUUCUCGAUACCAAUGAAAUGGACUGCAUUGUCAAUCAGAUGAUGAACGUCGCCGAAUAUCUCGGAUGGGACGUUACAGAAUUGAAACCGAUACUUCAAGAUAUGAUGGUAGAAAUAGACUAUGAUGCCGACGGUACCGUAUCGUUGGAGGAAUGGAAAAGAGGUGGCUUGACGACCAUCCCGUUGUUAGUGCUUUUGGGCCUUGAUUCUCACGUGAAGGAAGAUGGGAAUCAUCUCUGGAGACUAAAACAUUUUAGCAAGCCCGCUUACUGUAAUCUUUGCUUGAAUAUGCUAGUCGGUCUCGGCAAAAAAGGUCUUUGCUGUGUUUUCUGCAAGUAUACGGUUCACGAGAGAUGUGUUCAAAGAGCACCAGCCUCUUGCAUAGCCACUUAUGUGAAAAGUAAAAAGACAUCUCAAACGAUGGCUCACCAUUGGGUCGAGGGGAAUUGCCAUGGGAAAUGUUCCAAGUGUAGGAAGACCAUCAAAAGUUACAACGGUAUCACUGGUCUACAUUGCAGAUGGUGUCAAUUGACCUUGCAUAACAAAUGCGUGUCUCAAGUCAGAGCGGAUUGCACGCUCGGCGAGUACGCGAUCCAUAUCCUACCGCCUACGGCGAUCUGUCCGGUUGUCUUGGACAGACAAAGAUCAUUGUCCCGGGAUAGUAAAAGGGGAAGUAAACACGGUCAGGAUUCCUCAUCCACAAACUUGUGUGGGUUUCUAUCUUCUGGUGGCGGCAAUCAACAACCAGCCAUGUCUUUCCAAAUUACACCGCCCCCCGGUACGAUACCGUUGCUCGUGUUCAUAAACCCGAAAUCUGGCGGUAGGCAAGGCGAACGCAUGCUGAGGAAGUUCCAAUACAUUUUGAACCCGCGCCAAGUUCAUAACUUGGCCGUGGGCGGACCUAUGCAGGGUUUGCAAAUGUUCAAGGACGUGGAGACCUUUAAGGUGAUCUGCUGCGGCGGUGACGGUACCGUCGGCUGGAUUUUAGAAACGAUGGAUCGCGUACAAUUCGAACGGCAACCAGCUGUGGGCGUCAUACCAUUGGGCACUGGAAACGAUCUUGCAAGGUGUUUACGAUGGGGUGGUGGUUACGAAGGGGAAGCUAUAUACAAGGUUCUCAAGAAAAUAGAAAAAGCAACGCCAGUAAUGAUGGAUCGUUGGCAAAUAGACGUUCUCGAUCAGAAGGACGAGAAAAAAUCUAAGUCGAGUCAAGACACUAUACCGUACAAUAUCAUUAACAAUUACUUUUCGGUGGGUGUGGACGCAGCCAUUUGCGUGAAAUUUCACAUGGAAAGGGAAAAGAAUCCUGAAAAGUUCAACAGCAGAAUGAAAAAUAAGCUUUGGUACUUCGAAUAUGCGACCACGGAACAAUUCGCUGCCAGUUGUAAGAAUCUUCACGAAGAUCUAGAGAUUAUCUGCGACGGAACCCCGUUAGACUUAGCGCACGGACCUUCUCUUCAAGGUGUCGCCUUAUUAAACAUUCCUUUCACUCACGGAGGUUCCAAUCUCUGGGGUGAACACCAUACGAGGCAUCGGCUCGGUAAACGAAAGAAACGGCCGGAUAAAGAACUCAGUACCAGUAGCUUUAACUCCGUUGAUCUCACAGCCGCGAUACAAGAUAUUGGUGACAAUCUCAUAGAGGUGAUCGGUUUGGAGAACUGUUUACAUAUGGGUCAAGUGAAAACGGGACUUCGUCAUUCCGGUAGGAGAUUGGCUCAGUGCAGCAGUGUCACUAUCACCACCACUAAACGCUUUCCGAUGCAAAUCGAUGGCGAACCGUGGAUGCAAGGCCCAUGCACGAUUCACAUAACGCAUAAAAAUCAAGUACCUAUGCUAAUGGCACCUGCACCGGAAAAGGGCCGAGGUUUCUUCCGUUUCUUAAGGAGGUGAACUUCGUAGUUACCAACUAAUGAAUCCGAGCAGUCGAAAUAAACAUCUCGGGUUUCAUUUUCUAAUCAAAGAAAGUGAAUAGUCUCGAUAUGAUUACAUCCGUUUUCUUUCGAUUACACAAAAGUGGGACGGAAACGCAUCGGUUCGUACUCAGCACAGCUUUAGCGGUCGUCUAAUUGUAUGAGCGGAACGAACUUCGACAUAACUUAGGUAUUCUUGUGUACAGUAUUUUUGAGAAUAAUAACAAGGCACCAUUCGUCUCUAGAGUUAGGUACCAAGCGGUAGGCUCGUUAAUCGUUGGUGCUUCAAACCGAAAUUUUGAUUCUUUUGUAUACACAUUUACCACGCUGAGAAGCCAACGAAUGUCGUAUACAUUUCCGUUGCCUCGCGAAUCUGUGGCUUGAGCCUACCGCUUUAAGUAUGCGAGCAAGUAUGAACCAGUUCUAUCGCAAUUUGUCGCGUAAUUAAAGUAAUACCGAUACGACGGAUUGUACGGUAUCAUGCAAAAGAGAAAACAAUAUCAUAAGUAACGGUAUUUAGGUAUAUACUAUUUAACGAUUACGUUUAAUCAUUGUUUCUUCGCGUGCAAUGUCCAAUACAGUAUCGUAAAUAUUUCGUUUCCUCUAUAAAAUAUAUUAAGCUAUAUUCAAAAGACCUAAGGAUUAACAGAUCUCAUAUAAAUAAUAUUGUUGCAGUUGAGAAGUAUAUAAAAUUUAGUUUUAUAUUUACUAAACGAUGAACAUAGUUUCUACUACGUGUAUAUUAUUUUAUGUAUUGUAUUAUAUUUACUUUCUUUUACGAUCUGUGUAUGCCCGAUCAGUUUUGCAACAUCAUUUUGCAACUUAAUUUUUAUAUUAAUAGAAGAAACUUGUCGAAGUAAAUAUUGAUAAAACGAUUAUCCAGAUCUCUCUUCUUUUUUGCACGACUCCGUCCAACAAUCAAAGAUCUACUUUCUCUUUUUAAAAUUAGAAUCUUUGUACGGAAGCUUAGUCGUAAUUACUGUUUAGACGUAAAUCAUGGUCGAUUGGUUUUUAUUUUACUUACUUAUUUAUUUAUUUAUUUAUUUAUUUUUUCAAAUUUAUUUAUUUCUUCGAUGUAUAAUAAACAAUAUAUCGUAAGCAUAUCAGUAAACAAGAAUAUCGCUAAAAAGUUGUAGCAUUUACUUGACCCGUAUUGUUGAACUUUCGUAUAUAUCGCUUGUUACUUGGUGCAAUAGUUGCACGAUCAUUAAUUCGAUAAGCUUCUUAAUUUAUCAUUACCUUCUAUACGUUAGCCACUCUUUAAUCAAGUACAUUUAUUAACAAAGUGAAUGCUUUCGUAAUCGCGCGCAUAUCAAUGCGUUGCGUGUUACUAACAUAAGACAUAGAGAAGUGAAUCACGUAUACUUACUGUUAGCAUUACAUUGUUAUUAGAUAAGUAGGAAACAAAAGUAGACGUUAAGAAGUUUAAUCAAAAUCGAUUCAGCCAACGUGUGAAAUACGAUGAUCAGUAUUGUGGUAUGGAAUUUACAGAAACUUUCGUAGAAUUUUACUAACUAUAUUAGUAUAUAUUUUCUCAUCACUUGCAUAAAGAUUCUCGUGUAUUUUUUCAUAUCCAUAGCCUUGCUACUACUCUGAGAUACUUUCCGUUUUUCUCUCUCUCCCCACUAUUUAUUAUGUGCUCUUCACUAUCGAAAACACAGACAAGAAUUGAGGAUUGAAAUCAUAUGUAUGAGUGUAAAUCAACAGUUACGCUGCUAAGGGCGAUAUUUUGAGUCGUUGCUUAUUCUUAAGAUCGUCUUAAGCAUUUGCUAUCCCUGUCUAUCCCAUGUUUCCAGUCCCUGUCUUGUACAGGAAACAGGGACUUAGGCAAAUGCUUAAGUCGAUCUUAAAUAUAAAUAACGACUCUGAAUACUAGCCUAAGAUUAUCAAUCCAUCAUUUGUAGAAACUUUUUUUAUUAUUCCUCGAAUGGCAUUUUAAAAAUCUUCCGUCCGAUGCAUUUGAUACAAGUGAUCUUUUUCUAUUUGUUUCGCUGCGCUUGAUAUUUCUUUUCUCAUUAUCCCGAAAUGUCAAUUCGAAGAAAAAGAAGAAGAAGAAGAGAAAUAUAAUCGAUAACGAGUUUUGCCGCAUUUUCACAAGAAGAUGGUCGCAGCAAUAUUAUUGAGUAGAGUGCUUCGAUCGAUUUGUAAAAGUAAAAGAUGAAAUAAUAAAUUUUUAUAAGUCAGUAUCGAGUCAGACACCUCUUUAACACGUAUGUACUAUUUCGUCUCUCGUAACGCGUGUUUCAUGCUUUUGUAUGAAUAGUAUGAACGAAAACGUAACGUAAAAUAACAUCCCGCAGGGACCAUCGUACAAAAUGAUCCUAAAUUUUAACUUGGAGCAGUGACGACCAUUAGCUUCCCGUAAUGCUUCAAUUUAAGCGAUUUCAGCGAGAUACGAUUUUUUCUCGGAAUUCGUUCAAUUUUAUUCUGUAUCUUCCUUUUACUCUUUAUAGUCUUUGCCAAAUUAAACAUAUGUAUAUUUAUUGUUACAUAAUACAAAAUAUCGCCGACGAAUUUCGUUGAAAAAACGUUCUAAAGACAAGCGUUUAACUAGUCAAUACUUUUAUGCGUGUAUAUUUUCUCAAUCCAAUUUUUAUUAAGAAUUAUACGACUCUUUCGUCGUGCAAAUAAUGAUCGUUUUCCCUUUACAGUUGUUAUAUACGCGUAUUUAAGUAUUACUUCUCUUAGCGAUUCUACGAUAGACUAUAAUACGAUACUAAUUACCCUCGUUAGAUGAAUCGGAAUAUUACGCUUAUGUAUGUAUAUGUAAUGAUACAAAUGAUAGUCUUGAUCGUUAAAUCGUAAUUCGUUAGAAAUCGAACAAAGAAGGUACGACAAAAUUAUCAAUUCGUAAAUAUAAAAAGACAAUGAUCUGGGAUACCCGAGCAGAGGUAUCAUCGUGCUCCUUCAUUACGAGCCUCGGCACACUAAUUACAAAAAUUGUUUUUCGAUUGGAUUGCCGCAGUAUCUCAGUGCGCUUGUCAUUGUAUAAUGUAAGGAACAGACCUAAAAAUAAAAAAAAGGAACAAAGCAGAGAAUCCACGAGAAGAAGUAUAUCCCUGCGAUUUGAAACGAAAUUUUUAACGACGCGAAAUAUCGAUUUCUUCAAGAAGAAAUACUUCUAUUCUAUAUAGUAUACACAGUACAGGGUGAUCCAUUUUGAAAUAUGAAUUAAUAAGAUUCGAAGAUAGCGAAGAAUCGAGAAUCGGUGAACACAAAAAUGAGUCAAAAUGCUAUUGAUAAUUGGAAUCACGAUAUUAUCCUGGAUAUCGCCGCGAUUCUUCAUCCUAAAUAUAUUUAUCUUUAAAUGAAGCACUCUGUAUAUAAAGCUACCAAGUAAUUAAGAUUGACAAUAGCGUACGUCAAUUAUUCCCUUUCUUUUCUUUUUACUAAGCGCGCUCCGUAAGUCAUAGUGGAUACCAAUAAGUUCAAAAAACGACGUUGUUAUUUUCAGCGAUGUCUAAAAUAAAAAUGUCUUAAUGACCAAAGAAUUGAAUAUUACUCGUUAAUGAUUACAGAAACAAUGAAAAAUGCCACGUAUCGUAUAAAUUGAAUAAAAAAUUCGAAGAAAA